GGACAAUGUGUGCGCAUUUGGCAUAAGUACCACAAGGUGCCGCCAAAACACUACAACAGACACAACCGUUAUAGCGUUUGUUAUGGUCCUUUUCAAAGAGUUCGUUUUUUUGAAGAGUGAACGGGUACAGGGACCGCACAUCGCCAUUACUGUUUCACCGAAAGCUAAAAAAAUAAUAUAGAGGAGGGGGAAUCGAGGCGGAGUAGCCAUGGCCUCUGCUGUGGAUUCAGCUAGGAGAGGGGAGCAGGACAAAGAUCUGAAUGAGGAUGGGGGCGGAGAAGAAGAGCAGAGUGAAAACGGCAAAGAGGGCGGCAGCCAGUACAGAAUGUCGGAGCUCAGGCUGGUCCUGGUCGGCAAGACCGGGUCGGGGAAGAGCGCCUCCGGCAACACCAUCCUGGGCCGGAGGCAGUUCCAGUCCGAGCUCAGCGCCAGCUCUGUGACCCAGGCAUGUGAGCAGGGGAGCCUGGAGCUGGCGGAGGAAGAGGAAGGGGAGAGUCGUAGCGGGAGGAAGAGGCUGGCGGUUGUGGACAUGCCGGGUUUCGGAGACACCCGCUUCGGUGCCGAGCAGAUCCGGGCGGAGAUCGCCAAGUGCGUGGCGCUGUCGUCUCCGGGACCUCACGCGUUCCUCUUAGUAGUCCAGCUGGGUCGGUACACAGAGGAUGAGGGGAGGGUUGCCAAGGAGAUGGCCCAGGUUUUCGGGGAGAGGGCACUGCUCAGUCACACUGUGGUGCUGUUCACCAGGGGGGAUGACCUGGAGGGGAGGGGGAUCGAGGAGUACCUGAGGGACACAGCCCCUGGGGAGCUGCGGUCGCUGCUGCGGAGGUGUGGGGGCAGGUACCACGUCUUCAAUAACAGAGACCCAGGCGAUCGGGACCAGGUGAAGGGGUUGCUGAAGAAGGUUGAGAGGAUGGUGGAAGAUAAUGGGGGAGGGUUUUACACCAAUGACAUGUUCAGAGAAGCGGAAGGGGCCAUCAGGGAAGAGCAGGAGAGGAUGAUGAGGGAGAGAGGGGAGGGGCAGGGGGAGGAGGAAGCGGAAAGGGCAGUGGGCGGGGAAAUGAAUACAGCCAAGAGGCGAAAGUGCGAUCUUGAAGAAGGGAGUCAGGAUGUGUGUGCACACGGGGAAGGGGUGCAGAGGAGAAUAGGAACAAGGAAGCGAGACCUGGAGGAAAAACAAGAUGACGUGGGUCAGGUGGAGAGGUGGACAGAGGAGGAGAGAAGAGAUGCCUGGAGUCUGCUGAGGGACAGGGGACAGAAAUGGGGGGAGCACUGGAAGAGAAGGAGGGGCGGUGGGCGGAACCUGAGCAGGAGGCAGUCUUUCCGCUCCGCUCUUGAGAGGUUCAGGAGGGAGGCAGCCCUCUCUGAGAAAGUCCUGGAGAAAGUCAAAAUCAUGGUGGCUGCCGGAGCGACGGGGAUGGCUGUGGGGGCGGUGUUCGGGGCAGCCGCGCCCCUGGCUGCAGCCGCAGGUGCGAGUGUGGUGGGUAACACAGUGGGACUGGCAGCGGGGCAGUUAGCUGGGGUGUCCGUUGCAGGGGGGAUAGGGGUGGGGAAGACAGUGGGGGCGAUCGUGGCAGCAGCAGCCGGGAAGACUGCAGUGGCACUUGGGGCAGCGACUGGAGGGGUGCUGGGAGGGUCAGUGGGCGCCCUGGCAGGGGCAGAGGCUAGCACCCCAGGGGAGGCGGCUCUGGAGGCACUGGGGCAGGUGGGAGUGAUAGGGGCCACUGCAGUGGGGGUGGCAGCAGGGGUGGGGGGCACGCUGGGGGCGGGGGCAGCUCUGGGGGCCGUCCUGGAGGGCACGGUUGCUGGUUCUGCAGCUCUCGCGGGGGCAGAAAGUGCGGGUGGGGCAGUAGUUGGAGCCAACGCUACUGCGGUCCAAAGUGUCGCAACAUGUGCCGGGGGGAGUGUUUCGGGGGCUCUGCAGGCGGCAGGGGCGACCGCAGCGGAAGGGCUGGCGGCCAGCUCCCCUGUGGCUCAGACGGCGGCGGCCACCGGAGUGGGUGUGGCGGGGGCGCUGGAGACCGUGGGGGCGACAGCACGGAUAAUGACGGCCGUGGCGGAGAUCGGGAAGGCGGCGGCGGGCAUCGCUCUGGCCGGAGGCCUGGUGGUGAAGGUGGUGAAAGAGAAAGUCCGGAGCGGAACCUCAGACUCCGGCUACUCGGAGAAGAAAUCAUAUGAGAUCUACUGGAACAAAUAGAGAGUACUCACCUGUGAGUGGCACAUCACUCCUAAAAAAAAGCAGUAGCGAGCUGUCAAUCAGUACUUCAGUGUUUGAAGUGGAUAGAAUUUUAUUCCGUUUGAUUGGGUUUCACACAGUUUUGCAGUGUUUACACUCAGCAUGUAAUAAGCACAGUGAUCCACAAUUUCAUAUUAAAUUUCAAUAUAGAGUGGAUGUGACACAUUUUUAAUAUAGUAUUCGAAAAGUAGGAAACUUGAUACGUUUUGCACGAGGAUAUGUUUUAAGUGCUGGAAAAGCAGUAACCUAAUGUAUUCCUCGAAGUAUAACGUUUUCAAAAAGCCAAUGGUGUAAGAGCUUGUUUUAGUAUUGCUGAUCAUUCAGUUCUCAUUUUUAUGUUAAUGUAGUGACCUGGUGUUAUUUAUUAAUGAAUACACCCUA